AUGCUUGCUGCAUUUCCUAUUUCCACUCCCUUCAAAGUUGAGCCUCUCGCUGUGUGGUAUGGUUACAGGUGUGGUAUGGUUACAGGUGUGGUAUGGUUACAGGUGUGGUAUGGUUACAGGUGUGGUAUGGUUACAGGUGUGGUAUGGUUACAGGUGUGGUAUGGUUACAGGUGUGGUAUGGUUACAGGUGUGGUAUGGUUACAGGUGUGGUAUGGUUACAGGUGUGGUAUGGUUACAGGUGUGGUAUGGUUACAGGUGUGGUAUGGUUACAGGUGUGGUAUGGUUACAGGUGUGGUAUGGUUACAGGUGUGGUAUGGUUACAGGUGUGGUAUGGUUACAGGUGUGGUAUGGUUACAGGUGUGGUAUGGUUACAGGUGUGGUAUGGUUACAGGUGUGGUAUGGUUACAGGUGUGGUAUGGUUACAGGUGUGGUAUGGUUACAGGUGUGGUAUGGUUACAGGUGUGGUAUGGUUACAGGUGUGGUAUGGUUACAGGUGUGGUAUGGUUACAGGUGUGGUAUGGUUACAGGUGUGGUAUGGUUACAGGUGUGGUAUGGUUACAGGUGUGGUAUGGUUACAGGUGUGGUAUGGUUACAGGUGUGGUAUGGUUACAGGUGUGGUAUGGUUACAGGUGUGGUAUGGUUACAGGUGUGGUAUGGUUACAGGUGUGGUAUGGUUACAGGUGUGGUAUGGUUACAGGUGUGGUAUGGUUACAGGUGUGGUAUGGUUACAGGUGUGGUAUGGUUACAGGUGUGGUAUGGUUACAGGUGUGGUAUGGUUACAGGUGUGGUAUGGUUACAGGUGUGGUAUGGUUACAGGUGUGGUAUGGUUACAGGUGUGGUAUGGUUACAGGUGUGGUAUGGUUACAGGUGUGGUAUGGUUACAGGUGUGGUAUGGUUACAGGUGUGGUAUGGUUACAGGUGUGGUAUGGUUACAGGUGUGGUAUGGUUACAGGUGUGGUAUGGUUACAGGUGUGGUAUGGUUACAGGUGUGGUAUGGUUACAGGUGUGGUAUGGUUACAGGUGUGGUAUGGUUACAGGUGUGGUAUGGUUACAGGUGUGGUAUGGUUACAGGUGUGGUAUGGUUACAGGUGUGGUAUGGUUACAGGUGUGGUAUGGUUACAGGUGUGGUAUGGUUACAGGUGUGGUAUGGUUACAGGUGUGGUAUGGUUACAGGUGUGGUAUGGUUACAGGUGUGGUAUGGUUACAGGUGUGGUAUGGUUACAGGUGUGGUAUGGUUACAGGUGUGGUAUGGUUACAGGUGUGGUAUGGUUACAGGUGUGGUAUGGUUACAGGUGUGGUAUGGUUACAGGUGUGGUAUGGUUACAGGUGUGGUAUGGUUACAGGUGUGGUAUGGUUACAGGUGUGGUAUGGUUACAGGUGUGGUAUGGUUACAGGUGUGGUAUGGUUACAGGUGUGGUAUGGUUACAGGUGUGGUAUGGUUACAGGUGUGGUAUGGUUACAGGUGUGGUAUGGUUACAGGUGUGGUAUGGUUACAGGUGUGGUAUGGUUACAGGUGUGGUAUGGUUACAGGUGUGGUAUGGUUACAGGUGUGGUAUGGUUACAGGUGUGGUAUGGUUACAGGUGUGGUAUGGUUACAGGUGUGGUAUGGUUACAGGUGUGGUAUGGUUACAGGUGUGGUAUGGUUACAGGUGUGGUAUGGUUACAGGUGUGGUAUGGUUACAGGUGUGGUAUGGUUACAGGUGUGGUAUGGUUACAGGUGUGGUAUGGUUACAGGUGUGGUAUGGUUACAGGUGUGGUAUGGUUACAGGUGUGGUAUGGUUACAGGUGUGGUAUGGUUACAGGUGUGGUAUGGUUACAGGUGUGGUAUGGUUACAGGUGUGGUAUGGUUACAGGUGUGGUAUGGUUACAGGUGUGGUAUGGUUACAGGUGUGGUAUGGUUACAGGUGUGGUAUGGUUACAGGUGUGGUAUGGUUACAGGUGUGGUAUGGUUACAGGUGUGGUAUGGUUACAGGUGUGGUAUGGUUACAGGUGUGGUAUGGUUACAGGUGUGGUAUGGUUACAGGUGUGGUAUGGUUACAGGUGUGGUAUGGUUACAGGUGUGGUAUGGUUACAGGUGUGGUAUGGUUACAGGUGUGGUAUGGUUACAGGUGUGGUAUGGUUACAGGUGUGGUAUGGUUACAGGUGUGGUAUGGUUACAGGUGUGGUAUGGUUACAGGUGUGGUAUGGUUACAGGUGUGGUAUGGUUACAGGUGUGGUAUGGUUACAGGUGUGGUAUGGUUACAGGUGUGGUAUGGUUACAGGUGUGGUAUGGUUACAGGUGUGGUAUGGUUACAGGUGUGGUAUGGUUACAGGUGUGGUAUGGUUACAGGUGUGGUAUGGUUACAGGUGUGGUAUGGUUACAGGUGUGGUAUGGUUACAGGUGUGGUAUGGUUACAGGUGUGGUAUGGUUACAGGUGUGGUAUGGUUACAGGUGUGGUAUGGUUACAGGUGUGGUAUGGUUACAGGUGUGGUAUGGUUACAGGUGUGGUAUGGUUACAGGUGUGGUAUGGUUACAGGUGUGGUAUGGUUACAGGUGUGGUAUGGUUACAGGUGUGGUAUGGUUACAGGUGUGGUAUGGUUACAGGUGUGGUAUGGUUACAGGUGUGGUAUGGUUACAGGUGUGGUAUGGUUACAGGUGUGGUAUGGUUACAGGUGUGGUAUGGUUACAGGUGUGGUAUGGUUACAGGUGUGGUAUGGUUACAGGUGUGGUAUGGUUACAGGUGUGGUAUGGUUACAGGUGUGGUAUGGUUACAGGUGUGGUAUGGUUACAGGUGUGGUAUGGUUACAGGUGUGGUAUGGUUACAGGUGUGGUAUGGUUACAGGUGUGGUAUGGUUACAGGUGUGGUAUGGUUACAGGUGUGGUAUGGUUACAGGUGUGGUAUGGUUACAGGUGUGGUAUGGUUACAGGUGUGGUAUGGUUACAGGUGUGGUAUGGUUACAGGUGUGGUAUGGUUACAGGUGUGGUAUGGUUACAGGUGUGGUAUGGUUACAGGUGUGGUAUGGUUACAGGUGUGGUAUGGUUACAGGUGUGGUAUGGUUACAGGUGUGGUAUGGUUACAGGUGUGGUAUGGUUACAGGUGUGGUAUGGUUACAGGUGUGGUAUGGUUACAGGUGUGGUAUGGUUACAGGUGUGGUAUGGUUACAGGUGUGGUAUGGUUACAGGUGUGGUAUGGUUACAGGUGUGGUAUGGUUACAGGUGUGGUAUGGUUACAGGUGUGGUAUGGUUACAGGUGUGGUAUGGUUACAGGUGUGGUAUGGUUACAGGUGUGGUAUGGUUACAGGUGUGGUAUGGUUACAGGUGUGGUAUGGUUACAGGUGUGGUAUGGUUACAGGUGUGGUAUGGUUACAGGUGUGGUAUGGUUACAGGUGUGGUAUGGUUACAGGUGUGGUAUGGUUACAGGUGUGGUAUGGUUACAGGUGUGGUAUGGUUACAGGUGUGGUAUGGUUACAGGUGUGGUAUGGUUACAGGUGUGGUAUGGUUACAGGUGUGGUAUGGUUACAGGUGUGGUAUGGUUACAGGUGUGGUAUGGUUACAGGUGUGGUAUGGUUACAGGUGUGGUAUGGUUACAGGUGUGGUAUGGUUACAGGUGUGGUAUGGUUACAGGUGUGGUAUGGUUACAGGUGUGGUAUGGUUACAGGUGUGGUAUGGUUACAGGUGUGGUAUGGUUACAGGUGUGGUAUGGUUACAGGUGUGGUAUGGUUACAGGUGUGGUAUGGUUACAGGUGUGGUAUGGUUACAGGUGUGGUAUGGUUACAGGUGUGGUAUGGUUACAGGUGUGGUAUGGUUACAGGUGUGGUAUGGUUACAGGUGUGGUAUGGUUACAGGUGUGGUAUGGUUACAGGUGUGGUAUGGUUACAGGUAAGGUAUGGUUACAGGUGUGGUAUGGUUACAGGUGUGGUAUGGUUACAGGUAAGGUAUGGUUACAGGUGAGGUAUGGUAAGCUGAUCCCCUCCUCUCUCUCUUCCCCCCUUCUCCCCGCAGGCUGA